AUGAGCGGCGCCCCUUUGCCAUACCCAAGUCACGGAAGAUUGCGGAUUCGGACGAUUACAAGAGUUAGGAUGCCACGUUCUUCGGUAGCUUUGGGCGACAACUGCUUUGAAAUCCACUUCAAUCCACUUUUCCACUUGACUUCUCUGGGGACUGCUUUUUCGUUCUUCUUGGGCAGACUCGCUGGACUAAGCGCUGAUAUCGUUUUUCCUAUAGCGGCGUUUGCGUUCGACCAAGUUCGCAGCAGAAACUGGUUAUAUGGGGUGUCUUUGUCGGUCGUCCUGGAAACUGUUUACGUGUUGGAAGAACCUAUGAGGUCCGCUGAUUUCUUGGAUGGUGAAAUGAUUUUGAAUGAUGACACAGCUGCUGCUCGUGAUUAUUAUGAACAGUUGGAUGAUUUGAUGCUUCAACCUUUUGCCUCUACUGGCCAUGGAAUGUCGCAACAGGAAAUCUCUAUGUUGAAGACGGAACGGCUUAGCGAUGAUGAAGACAAAGAUGGCGAAUGUUGCAGCAUUUGUCUGGAAGGAUUUGUGAGAGGGAUGGUGAUCACAAAAUUGCCACCGUGUUCCCAUAGGUUUCACAAUGCUUGCAUUGCCCAAUGGCUGCACAAAAACCCAACAUGUCCAAUUUGUCGCCGCACAUGUACACCCACUGUUUCGUAA